ACUUCCUGCUGCAGAAGAGGGGCAAGGGAUGGGGAGGAAAUAGCUCGAGGAGCGGCAUCCUGCUUGCGCUAGCGGCGGCAGAGGAGGAGGCAGAGAGGAGGCGGCGGGCGAAAGAGGCAGAGGAGGCUGCGGCAGAGAAGAAAGUGUCAGAGCCGGUUCGGCUUUAGAGUGUGGUGAAGGGUACUUUUCAUGGUGCAUGGAAGGAAAGCCAAUGCGCAGGUGUACCAACAUUCGACCAGGAGAGACUGGAAUGGAUGUAACAAGCCGCUGCACCCUUGGAGACCCCAACAAACUGCCAGAAGGGGUUCCCCAACCUGCCCGCAUGCCCUAUAUCUCAGACAAGCACCCUCGACAAACCUUGGAAGUGAUUAACCUUCUAAGAAAGCACCGGGAGCUAUGCGAUGUGGUGCUAGUUGUGGGCGCUAAGAAGAUCUAUGCCCAUCGAGUCAUUUUGUCAGCCUGUAGUCCCUACUUCCGAGCUAUGUUUACAGGAGAAUUGGCAGAGAGCCGUCAGACAGAAGUAGUGAUCCGAGACAUAGAUGAGAGGGCUAUGGAACUACUGAUUGACUUUGCGUAUACCUCCCAGAUAACUGUGGAAGAGGGCAAUGUUCAGACCCUUCUGCCAGCUGCUUGCCUCCUCCAGCUGGCAGAAAUACAGGAAGCCUGCUGUGAAUUCUUAAAGAGACAGUUAGAUCCUUCUAAUUGCCUGGGCAUUCGGGCUUUUGCUGACACACAUUCAUGUCGUGAGUUGCUAAGGAUAGCAGACAAGUUCACUCAACAUAACUUUCAAGAGGUGAUGGAAAGUGAAGAGUUCAUGUUGCUUCCAGCCAAUCAACUCAUUGAUAUAAUAUCUAGUGAUGAACUAAACGUUCGCAGUGAAGAACAGGUGUUCAAUGCAGUGAUGGCCUGGGUCAAAUACAGUAUUCAAGAAAGACGUCCUCAGUUACCCCAGGUGCUGCAGCAUGUUCGUCUGCCUUUGCUUAGUCCCAAGUUCCUGGUGGGCACCGUAGGCUCUGAUCCCCUCAUCAAAAGUGAUGAAGAAUGCAGAGACUUGGUAGAUGAAGCUAAAAACUAUCUCCUGUUGCCUCAAGAACGACCACUAAUGCAAGGACCAAGGACAAGACCACGGAAACCUAUCCGAUGUGGAGAAGUACUCUUUGCAGUUGGUGGUUGGUGCAGUGGAGAUGCCAUUUCCAGUGUUGAACGAUAUGAUCCACAGACCAAUGAAUGGCGAAUGGUAGCUUCAAUGAGCAAAAGGCGAUGUGGAGUUGGGGUCAGUGUUCUUGAUGACCUGUUAUAUGCAGUAGGAGGCCAUGAUGGAUCCUCUUAUCUCAAUAGUGUUGAAAGGUAUGACCCCAAAACAAACCAGUGGAGCAGUGAUGUGGCCCCUACAAGCACCUGCAGGACAAGUGUUGGUGUGGCAGUGCUUGGAGGCUUUCUCUAUGCUGUGGGUGGCCAGGAUGGCGUGUCUUGCCUCAACAUUGUUGAGAGGUAUGAUCCAAAGGAAAACAAGUGGACCCGAGUGGCUUCUAUGAGUACCAGAAGACUAGGGGUGGCCGUGGCUGUGUUAGGAGGGUUCUUAUAUGCUGUAGGUGGCUCUGAUGGGACAUCUCCACUCAAUACAGUGGAGCGCUACAAUCCUCAGGAAAACAGAUGGCACACCAUAGCCCCUAUGGGGACCCGGAGGAAACACCUAGGCUGUGCAGUGUAUCAGGACAUGAUCUAUGCCGUAGGAGGUAGAGAUGACACUACAGAGCUUAGCAGUGCUGAGAGAUACAACCCCAGAACUAACCAGUGGUCUCCUGUGGUGGCUAUGACAUCACGCCGUAGUGGAGUUGGCCUGGCAGUGGUGAAUGGACAGCUCAUGGCUGUGGGAGGUUUUGAUGGCACAACAUAUUUGAAGACCAUUGAAGUUUUUGAUCCUGAUGCCAAUACAUGGAGGUUAUAUGGCGGGAUGAAUUACCGUCGGCUAGGGGGUGGCGUAGGAGUUAUUAAAAUGACACAUUGUGAAUCCCAUAUAUGGUGAACAUCUGGAAGACAGUCAUGUACAUGCUCUUCUGUAUUCUGGAGAGCUUUGACUUUGGAGCUUUGUACAGCUCGAGAAAACAUUAGAACAAAUUUUAUUCUUUGCUGGUGCCUCAACAUAUGGAAAUACAAAUACAGUGAAAGUUCUCACCUGCAAGAUGCCACCUUUGCACAAUAAUUUUCAAUUCUGUGCAGAAGAAUAUUUAUUUUUGGUUUUAAUUUAUCAUGGUUUUUUUGUUGGGGUUUUUGUUUUGUUUUGUUUUGUUUUGUGAGAUUUAGCCUUCCUCCCACCAAAAAAGAAAAAAAAAGGAAAGAAAAGGAAAAAAAAGACAAAAAUUCCAAGCAGCAAAACUUUAUUUUUAAGAUAUUAAGUUUGAAAAUACUAAUAAGGGGAGAAGGGCUAUAUAUGAUCUAGUUGUUAUUUCUAGGCACUCCAUCCACAAGACUCCGCCACUUACAAGGGCUACCAGUGACAAAGAAAGGUAUGCAAAGUGAAUUAGUUAGGCAUCAUUCUUGCACUAAGCACAGGAAGACUUGAAAAUCUAAAAA